GAACGCCGAGGGACUACCCACCUGGUUCAUUCAUGGCCUGCGCAAGGCCGCCCAGCAGCCAAAUUUGGCAUGACCCCUUCAGUGGAUAUGGUAGGCAAAAGCAGCGUUCAAGCCCAAGCUGUGCUUUGGUACUAUCAGGCAUCGGCCGGUGUGGCCCAGGCAUUGGCUGGGAUUUUUUCUGUUUGUUUCCCUAAAUUUUAUCUCAAGUACCAGAGGGCUUUUGAAGCAGGAGUUUGGUUGACGUCGGACCCUGGUCCUUGGCUAGGCCGCGCGGUUGUAUUUAAGCUACAGGUAUACCUGCAUAGAGAUGGCCUAGACGCCGGGCCUUGCGCCUGCUUUCCAAUGGGCUUGUUCACAGGGGGGGAGGCCUACUUUCCAGAUAUACAAGCCAAAUUAGCAUACCGACCUGGCGAUGUAUUGAUAUUUAUGUCAGGCGCUUUAUACCAUUGUGUCGGUCAAUGGUGUGCGCCUCCAGUCACUGAAGAAAUGUUGCAGAAAGGCAUUUCCACAGGGCGGGUAAGCACCGUCUUCUUUUCUCCUCAAUCCAGUUUAGAUGCGUUGGAGGGAAAGCCGCCACUUUGGGCUAGAAGGACUAUGGGAGGAAAGGUCUGCGAUGCCUAUGAAUUU